AUGGACCAGUCGUCUUCCGUCGCUGAACCCGGCUCUUCGCCUCCGAGCUCUGAUCCGCGUCCGACGAUGGCUGAUGUGCUUGGUAAGCAGGAACACCUUCGCCGCGACCACGCCGAGGCUGACGCUGCGCGUCGUCGGGUUGAGACUCCCCAGCCUCUCGCAAGUGACAUCGAGUGGAUUGAGCGCCAAUACGCCGCUGGUGGUGAUUAG